CACUAUACCAUAGUCAUGUCAAGCUUAUCAGAAAAAUGUGAGGCUGCUUAUGCUGAAGCUGGAAAAGUUGCUGAAGAGGUGAUUUCAUAGAUUCGUACUGUGUACUCAUUUGUGGGAGAGGACAAAGCAAUUGAAACAUACUCUCAGUCACUUAACAAGGCACUCAAACUUGGUGAGAAAGGUGGGCUUGCUAAGGGACUAGGUGUAGGCCUUACAUAUGGAUUGUUGUUUUGUGCUUGGGCAUUGCUUCUCUGGUAUGCCGGCAUACUUGUAAGACAUCAUGACACAAAUGGAGGCAAAGCAUUUACAACAAUCAUCAAUGUCAUCGUCAGUGGAUUUGCUCUUGGCCAAGCUACCCCAAACCUGGCUGCCAUUUCUAAAGGCCGAGCUGCUGCUGCGAAUAUCAUGAAGAUGAUUGAAUCAGAUUCUAACUCCUCUAAAGUAUCAGACAAAGGAGUAGUGUUGCCAAAAGUAUCAAGGCAGAUUGUGUUUUCUGAUGUUUGUUUUGCCUAUCCAUCACGACCCAGCAUGGUGUUCGAAAACCUGAGCUUUUUGAUUAGUGCUGGCAAGACUUUUGCAGUUGUCGGUCCCAGUGGUUCAGGAAAGAGCACAAUUAUAUCCAUGGUUCAACGGUUCUACAACCCCUCUUCAGGUAAAAUACUGUUGGAUGGACAUGAUGUUUCCACUCUCCAAUUGAGAUGGUUGCGAGAACAGAUGGGAUUGGUAAGUCAAGAACCAGCAUUGUUUGCUACUAGUAUAGCUGACAACAUCCUGUUGGGUAAAGAAGACACCAACAUGGAUGAGAUCAUAGAAGCUGCUAAAGCUGCCAAUGCACAUUCUUUUAUUCAAGGUUUACCUGAUGGCUACAACACUCAGGCUGGAGAGGGAGGAACUCAGCUUUCUGGAGGGCAGAAACAGAGAAUAGCAAUUGCGAGAGCAGUUCUGAGAAACCCAAAAAUAUUACUCUUGGAUGAGGCCACUAGUGCUCUUGAUGCAGAAUCAGAACAAAUUGUUCAGCAAGCACUGGAUAAAAUCAUGUCACAUAGAGCUACAAUCAUUGUUGCUCACAGGCUUUCCACUAUCCGCGAUGUGGAUACAAUUAUUGUGCUGAAAAAUGGUCAGGUUGUUCAGAGUGGCAGCCACUCAGAACUGGUGUGUAAGAAAGGUGAGUAUGCUAGUCUGGUGAGCUUGCAGGUAUUGGAACAUGACAAACGUUCUAGCUCACUAUCUCAGUCUGUAAGUGCAACAAAUGCAAGCUUUCGAGAAAGCAAUGAUAGAAAUCAGCAGGUUGUUAAGUCAAUUACAACAAGAGAGCAGGAGCCAAGUGAUCAAAAGCUGUCCAAAAGAAGUUCUUCUCCUAGUUCAUCAAUAUGGGAAUUAGUAAAACUAAAUGCACAGGAGUGGCCUUACGCGAUACUCGGGUCAGUUGGUGCAAUUCUGGCAGGAAUGGAAGCUCCUCUCUUUGCCCUUGGAAUAACUCACAUCCUGGCUGCAUUUUAUGCUCCAAAUGGUUCCGAAAUCAAACAUGAGGUUAACAAGGUAAUUCUCAUGUUUGUUGUACUAGCAGGUAUUACUGUUCCAAUGUAUCUGUUGCAACACUACUUCUACACAUUGAUGGGGGAGCGGCUCACAAGUCGUGUGCGCCUAUUAAUGUUCUCAGCUAUCCUUUCAAACGAUGUUGGGUGGUUUGAUUUGAAUGAGAAUAACACUGGUUCACUGACAUCAAUCCUAGUUACCAAUGCAACAUUAGUCCGAAGCGCUCUAGCUGACCGCCUAUCAACAAUUGUGCAGAAUGUAUCACUCGCAGUAACUGCAUUUGUUAUUGCCUUCACAUUAAGUUGGCGUAUCGCAGCUGUUGUGGUUGCUACCCUCCCCCCACUUAUUGGAGCUUCCAUUGUUGAGCAAUUGCUUCUUAAGGGAUUUGGUGGAGACUACAACAGUGCUUAUGCUAAAGCAACUUCCCUAGCUCGUGAAGCAAUUGCCAACAUACGCACUGUUGCUGCAUUUGGGGCUGAGGAUCGGAUAUCACUUCAGUUUGCUUCAGAGCUAAACCAGCCAAAUAAGAAAGCAGUUCUUUGAGGUCACAUUUCCGGUUUUUGCUAUGGCCUAUCACAGUUCUUUGCCUUCUGUUCCUAUGCACUCGGCCUUUGGUAUGCAUCCGUUCUAAUCAAGCACAAAAACUCUAAUUUUGGAGACAUCAUGAAGUCCUUUAUGGUGUUAAUUGUCACUGCAAUGUGCAUAGCAGAAACUCUUGCUCUUGCUCCAAACAUUGUAAAGGGGUCACAAGCACUUGGAUUGAUUUUUAGUAUACUCAACAGAGAAACAGCCAUACAUUCUAAUGAUCCCACAUCAAAUGUGGUUGCUGAUAUCAGAGGAGACAUAGAAUUCAGAAAUGUGCGGUUUUGGUACCCUGCACGGUCUGAUAUCACCAUUUUCGACAACUUGAAUUUGAAGGUGUCAGCAGGGAAGAGUCUUGCAGUUGUCGGUCCAAGUGGUUCAGGGAAGAGUACUCUGAUUGCACUAGUAAUGAGAUUUUAUGACCCUAUUUUAGGAGCAGUUAUGAUUGAUGGACAUGAUAUCAAAGGCUUAAACUUGAAAUCUUUGAGGAAGAAAAUAGGACUAGUCCAGCAAGAGCCAGCAUUGUUCUCAACAACAGUUUAUGACAACAUCAAAUAUGGGAAUGAGGAAGCAUCCGAAGUUGAGGUAAUGAGGGCAGCAGAAGCAGCAAAUGCCCAUGAAUUCAUAAGCAGAAUGCCUGAAGGGUUCAAAACUCAAGUUGGAGAGAAAGUGCAGUUAUCUGGUGGGCAGAAACAGCGGGUGGCUAUUGCUAGAGCUAUACUGAAAGACCCAUCGAUACUUCUUUUAGAUGAAGCAACAAGUGCGUUGGACACAGAGGCCGAGAAGCUGGUUCAGGAGGCUCUAGAUAAGCUAAUGGAAGGCCGAACAAUUUUGGUAGCACACAGGUUGUCAACUAUACGUGAUGCAAACAAUUUUGCCCUGCUACAAAAUGGUAGGGUGGUGGAAAUGGGUAGCCAUGAGCAGCUGAUUGGAACCCCCGGAAGUCUGUAUAAACAAUUAGUUGGUCUACAGCAAGAGGAGUGAACAAGUGUUUGAUUAACUCAAAAGGAUUAUAAAUGAUCACUCUUUUCCAUCACAAAACUUUGCAAAUUCGUUAUAUAGUCAAUCUUAAUUUGCAAUCCUAAUAUAACCAUUGUAUAUAUUGGACUUUGUUGUGGACAA